AAAAGGUGGAGGACUUGGGGCAAUGGCAGUGACAGAAAACAGUUCCAAAGUAAAGGGAAAUGAACCUGUGGGGAAGAGCCCUGGAUUCCAAAGCUCUGYGGCUGCUCCCAGCAAGGCUGAAAGGGGCAGCAGUGCACCAGCAGAGGGUACAAACCAAGCACUCAGGAACCUUCUCUUGCAAAGCCAGUCCUGUAGUGAAAACAGACACAGCAGGCUCCCCAGAGAGGCUGUGAAACAGCAAUCCCUYGGGAUCCAUUCUCCUUCACCCGGAUUUUGGGGCAUAACUCCCKCUGCCUUCAGUGGGGAAGGGAUGAAACCUUCAUUAACGGAAGAUGGAGCCAAACCCAGCGCCCCAGGAAGCUGCAGCAGAGGGAAAAGUGCAUUUCCUCAGAGACAGAAAGGGUCUGAGAAAGAAAAUCUUAAGCAACCUUCGAAGAGGAGGGCAAACCUUAAAAAACCUCACCCUUACAGCCCUGAAAGUGUUCGGGAAUUCAUGUCUCGAAAAAAGGAAGAAAGAAAGAAGAAACUCCUCGAAGAGAAAAAGUCUUCAGCUCAGGCUGCAGAGAUGAGGAAGAAGAGGUUGCAAGAAGUGUACAGGAAGCAAAAGGAAGCUGUUGGGAAGAAAUGCUGUCCUGACCAGAUGCACAAAUCCCUUGGGAAAACRGGUUCUGCUGAAGGAAAUCCUCAGUGUGAACUCGAGCAGGAACAAAGCAGUGGGGGAAUUCUGGAAAGGAGUUUCAUGGCCUGGGUGGAUGAAACAUCCUGUCCCCUAUUACCAAAAGAUCGCAGAGGCAGGAAUCCACUUCUAGAAACAGCUCAAUCACCUGAAAAAGGAGAGGCAUUGGGUCCUGCAGCACCACUGGAAUCUGAAUGCUGGUUGCUCAGUCCUCUGAAAUGUGAAGACUUGAGACCCUGCUCUCCCCCAUCUCUGCAUUCUCCCCCUCUGAGCUUUUCUGCUCCUCAGGAAGAUGCAGAACCUUUCUCCAAGGACUCAUCUUUUGGACUUUCUCCCCACAGAAGCAAACAGGAUCGUGUGAGAGCCAUUCAUAAUCUGUCCAAGGAACUUGCAGAAAAGAUUGACGUGGCAAGGAAGAGGCUGAGUGCAGCGAGCUGGRUCAAAGCCUCUGCUGCCAGAACAUCCACAGAGACACCUCUGGACCUUUACAGUGAGCCUCAUUCUGCCCCAGAACCUGAGACUUGCAGGGAUAAGCAAGACACAAAAAAGACUGUUAAAAUACAUCUGGACACCACAGAUCCUAAUGUGCCACCUGUGACAUCCAACAGGGAAUGCCAUGGACUGGGCAGGAUUCACCUGCUGGGCAGCAGUGAGGGAGCAACAGCCCUGGACAGGCAGAAGGAAAUGCCAACUCCUCUGUCUGGUGGAAAUGCUGAGGGGGAAGUAUUGCCCUGGAUCACUCACAGGGCAGGACAGAGAGCCCUCAGCUCUGGGGGAGACCUGAGUGACACAUUGCAAGGUUUCCCUGUGAAUAAGAGCUCCGAGGUGGACAUAAUUCUACGGCAUGAAAAGCCAAUAACUAGCCCAGCCUCUCCAGCUCACAGAUUCCUCACUAGAAGCCCGGUGGGAGAACUCAGAGCACAGAGGGAUCACUAUGGAUGUGAGCCUAUUUUGAAAGUUCAGAACCAAGAGGAAAUGGCCAAGCAGUCUCCUGGAGAGAUCCUGAGGAUCUGGGACAGCCUGAGCUUCCAGCCCUCUGCCCCUCUGAGCACUGAUGGCUUUGAGAAGGAUUUGGGUAAGGGAGAUCACAGCURCACAGACCUGGAAUACAAACACAGGAACCACCUGGACAUUUUGAGGCAAACCUCCCUACUACUGGCUCACAAACUGAAGCUUCAGCAGCUCCAGCAGAAACAGCAGCUUAUGGUGCUGAGGCAGAGAGCAAAGCAAGAGGUUCAGCAAAGCCAAAGGUUUUUGAGAGCCCUGCUGCAGCACAGUUCAGAGGAGAGCAGGAAUUCCAGAGGCAGARAUCCUUCUGUGACAAGGCAGUACCACGCAGAGCAGACACUGAGAGGACACUGGCUGGAAGGUGACCUUGCUGCUGGCAGUAAUCAAGAGAUGGGUUCACUGAGACAAUUUGCAUUGAAGACAGAAAGAGAUCACAGUCCAGUGGAUCCCAAAGUAGUGGGAGAAAGAAAACCUCUAGGAGGAGGAGAAGGUUCAUUUUGCUCAGUGCUUCAAGGAGAUCACAGGCAGUCUCUGCACAGCCAUCACACCUUGAAUCUGUUGUCACCUCGGGUGAAUCUGCCCCACGGUGAGAUUUGGGACAACUCCACAGAGAGCAGUGACCAGGCCAGCUCUGACAGCCAGCAGAGCGCAGCCAUUCCACCUUUGGGAGACAUCAGCACUUUGCACGGUUGCAGUCUGGCCGUGGUGGAGCAGUGUUUGAGGGGACAGGAGCUGCGUGCUCGGCACCAGGCUGUGCUGCUGAAGCUCCGGAGAAAAGCUCUGCAGGAGAGGGCCAUGACCCAGCUGGCCUGGCUGGGCCACCGCAGACGUGUUCUGGAAAACCUGCAGGAUAGCAAUGGAGCCUCUGCCAUGGCAGCAAAGCAGCACAAAAUCCUGAUGGAGCUGAAACAAGAGCAGGCAGAAAUCCARCACCUGCAAAGCAUCCACAGGGCAGCCCAUCGAGAAAGGAAGCUUUUAUUAAAACAGCAGAGAGAAAUCUUAAUGAUACAGCAUUCAACAGCACAACUCCAGGAAAAGCUGCACAGUUUGKCUGGGAGGCAAGAGGUUAUGGAGCCACAGUCAUGGACUAAAGACAGUUGUGUCCAGCUACAGAAUAAACAGAGCAAGAAAUAUGAGGGGUAA